AAUCACAUCUCAUUUGUGGUAUUCCUUUUGUAAGUUUGUAAUGUUAAAUUUUUAUCGCCUCCACAAGUGGCAAUUUUCUAUUACGAAUGCGCCAGUGCUAUUAGAAAAACGUGAGGUUAGGAACCCGAUUUGACAUUUCGUUUUGACAUCAACACAGCUGACACCCCCAGCAAUGUGUCUUCUACAAGAAGAAAGUUACACUAUUUUAUAAAAAUAAAUAUUGUUGUCUGCAAUAACCUGUCUGCGAAAAGAUAAUAAAGUCGAGAUGAAAAAAUGAUGCCCAUUAAAGAUAAUCAAGAUGUUGCAUGCUUUUUCGUCACAAAACACUCCUGGAAAGGAAAGUAUAAAAGAAUAUUUUCGGUGGGCACAAUGGGGAUCACUACCUAUAACCCAUCAACCCUGGAGGUGACGAAUAGGUGGGCAUACAGUGACUUUAUUUCAGUACAGCCCCAGAAAGGGGCUGGGAAUUCUUCUAGUGAGUUUAUUAUUACUAUGAAAAAAGAGCGAAAGAUAGAUCAUAUGAAAUUUUCAACGGAACACAGAGCACAACUGCUAACAGAAGCUCUUAAAUUUAGGCAUAGUUUUGCAGAAAAACCAAAGGAAAUUCUACGUUAUCAUGCAUAUAAACAUCAUUGGUCAGAUGUUCGGUUGCCCAUAGUAUUAGAAGUAACACCUUACUCACUCGAUCAACUUGAUCCAGCAACAAAUCAUGUAUUAGCCAGUUACUGUUUUAAAGAUUUCGAAGGAAUUUGCACGAUAUCUGAUUAUCCAGGAGCAUUUGUGAUAGUUUACGGAGGUUUUGGUAGAUUGCACUUAUUUCAAGCUGUUGAUUUUGAAGAAAUUAAAAUCAAAAUGCUUGAGAGUGCAAGUCAAAAUCUAGGUCUUACAAUAAAAGUUCUUAGUACUCCUAUUACCUUAGAAGAUUUUCAGCUUCAAAGGUUUGGUAAAUACAGUGACGAUGAACAUCUCACUUCUGUAUCUGAAUUUCCUGUAUAUAAAGUACAUAAAUCUAGACACCCAGAGCCAGUCAGAAGAACCCUAUGUUUGUCCGAAACUUGCCUCCUAGAAAGGGAUCCACAGACAUAUAGUAUAUGCACACUUCGACCUUUAAGUGACAUUUUCGCGCUAAUACGUGACAGUAACAACCCCCAAUUAUUUAAUAUUGAAUACAUAAAUGGUCUUGUAAGAACAUACAACGCAACUGACAGAGAUUCUCUUUUGGCAUCACUCUUAGAUGGUGUCAGAGCGUCUGGUAACCGCGAUGUACAUGUUAUAAUGGUGCCGACGGAAAGAGGUCUUCGUUUAGGACCCCUUCACUUGCCGGUAGAAGAAGAGGCCGAAAGUAUCCAUGUUAAAUUUCUACAAAAUCCUCCUCCUAAACGAUCAUUCUUUGAAUGUGUUCGAAGAUUUAACGCAAAUGUCCCUUAUAGCGGACUUUUAUAUAGUGUUACUCAAGAUGGUAUUUUUUCGGAAAAUAAGGAAAAAUUAAUUACGGGUGCCCUUCAAGCUCUUGUUCAAAAAGAGGGAGAUCAAAGAACAAUUUCAUCUGUGGAACUUGAAGCUCAGUUUCACGCCUUACGAAGAUUAGUCGCAAGUAAAGUUGGAUAUGCUGCGUUUACUACAUUGCCAGGUUUCAGAGAAGCCAUCGGUCAUAAAGUUGUUUCUGCUUUAAAAAGAAAUGACUUUGGUUUAACCCAUGCAGCUAUCGACAUGAUUUGUGCUUUGAUGCAUCCAAUGCAUGAUGACUAUGAUCUUCGACAAGAACAAUUAAAUAAAUCAUCUUUAUUACAAACUAAAGUUUUUUUGGAAAAUUUAUUAAACAUGUGGACGACUCACAUAGCCCAGGGCACUGGAGCCCUCAUAGUUUCAGCAAUGCUUGAUGUUUUGACAUUUGCACUUUGUGUUCCUUAUAGUGAAACAACGGAUGGUAAACAGUUUGACAUACUUUUGGAAAUGGUUUCGGAUCGUGGUAGAAUGUUAUUUCGACUCUUUCAGCACCCGUCAAUGGCAAUCGUAAAAGGUGCUGGCUUAGUAAUGCGAGCUUUAAUUGAAGAGGGGGAAGGCGAAGUUGCAGCGAAAAUGCAAAAUUUAGCGUUAGCUGAAGGUGCAUUACCUCGUCAUCUUCUAGCUGCUUUAUACACUCAGGGUUCCGAUGGAAGACUACUUACCCAUCGACAAUUAUCGAGGCAUCUAGUUGGACUGUGGGUAACAGGAAAUCCGACGGCUAUGGGACUACUAAAGCGAAUAAUGCCAACUGGUUUGAUAUCAUUCUUAGAUUCUGAAGACAAAGUUCCUGAGCAUGCCCUAGAGCAAGAACUAUUAAAUCAUAGAGACAAUUUAAAGAUAGCACAAGACCAUGCCAAUAAGUCGAAGAAAAACCCUAACUGGGCGGCUGUCGAAAGACAACUGAAAAACGUCGAGAAGCGAGUUGAACAUUAUACAAAUCUUGCACUUCAACAUUGGGGUGCUCGUGUUGGGAUUACCAUUGAGCGGAAAGAAAAAAUUAAAGAAAGACCUAUAGUGUUGAGAAAACGUCGAGAAAGAAUUAAGGCUGAAGCAAACUGGAUUUUAUUUUACUGGAAAUUCUCUCAAGAUCAUGCUCUACCCAAUUUAAUUUGGAAUCAUAAGACCAGGGAAGAAUUAAGAAGUGCCUUAGACAAUGAAGUGAGAAUGUUUGCCUCUGAUCGCGAAUUAGCUGGUUCAGCUCUAGUAGCUUGGAAUCACCACGAAUUUGAACUGCACUAUCAGUGUCUUGCAGACGAAGUUAAAAUUGGUGACUAUUAUCUAAGAUUGUUGUUAGAAAUGGAUGACCAUAAUGACGAUUCUCCUAUCAGACGGUCCUAUGAAUUUUUCAAUGAUUUGUAUCAUAGGUUUUUGUUAACAAAUAAGGUAGAAAUGAAGUGCAUGUGCCUUCAGGCUAUGUCUAUUGUAUAUGGAAGAUACUUUGAAGACAUAGGUCCAUUCAGUGACACUAAAUAUAUCAUCGGAAUGUUAGAAAGAUGCGUUGAUAGAAUGGAACGUGAUAGACUAGUUAUGUUCGUAAGCAAAUUAAUUUUGCAUCAUCGGAACGUGAGAGACAUUUUAGAAUCAGGAGGAGUUCGCAUUUUGGUUGACCUAAUGACCUUAGCACAUCUGCAUAUUUCAAGGGCUGUGAUUCCUACUCAAACCAAUGUAAUUGAAGCUGGACCAGGUAUGCAUCUCGUUCAAGAAAAGGAGUGGUAUUAUAAUACUGAAGAGACAGGUCGAAACGGUCCUGUUAGCUUCGUAGAGAUGAAAGACUUAUUUAAGAAAAAUGUGAUAAAUCAUCGAACCAGAUGUUGGGCUAUGGGUUUAGAUAGCUGGAAAACUGUGUCCCAACUACCUCAAUUGAAAUGGUGUUUAAUUGCGAAAGGAUCGCCAGUACUGAAUGAGAGCGAAUUGACCACAUAUAUCUUGAAUAUUUUAAUACGAAUGUGCGAAUAUUACCCCAGCAGAGAUGCAGACGACGCAAUAAUUAGACCAUUGCCUAAAGUAAAACGUCUGCUUUCUGACGCCACCAGCUUGUCACAUAUCGUGCAACUUUUACUGACUUUCGACCCUAUACUUGUGGAAAAAGUAGCCACUUUGCUUUGCGAGAUUAUGCGAGAUAAUCCGGAGAUGUCAAAGGUGUACUUAACUGGAGUCUUUUAUUUCAUCUUGAUGUAUACAGGAAGCAAUGUUUUGCCAAUAGCUCGAUUUUUGCAACUGACUCACAUGAAGCAGGCGUUCAAGUCCGACGAGGCAACAUCGGACAUAAUGCAGAGGAGUAUUUUAGGACAAUUGCUACCAGAAGCUAUGGUCAAUUAUCUGGAAAAUCACGGCUCGGAAAAAUUUGCACAAAUAUUCCUUGGCGAAUUUGACACCCCUGAAGCAAUCUGGAGCUCAGAAAUGAGGAGAAUGUUAAUUGAAAAGAUUGCUGGACAUAUAGCAGACUUUACACCAAGACUACGUAGUCAUACCAUGGCACGAUAUCACUAUAUUCCUAUUCCCGCUGUUCGAUACCCGCAACUGGAAAGGGAACUGUUUUGCAAUAUCUUCUACUUGCGACAUCUUUGUGAUAAUCAUAAGUUUCCUGAUUGGCCUAUCCCGGAUCCUGUGAAACUUCUGAAAGAUGUACUAGAUGCCUGGAAGUCUGAAGUGGAGAAAAAACCACCAGCCAUGACGGUCGAAGAAGCAUAUAAGAGUUUAGGGUUGAAUGGAUCUUUUCAUGAAGAGGCUGCUGUUCGUAAAGCUUAUUAUAAAUUAGCCCAACAGUUUCAUCCAGAUAAAAACCCAGAAGGCAGGGAACGUUUUGAACAAGUGAAUAAAGCCUACGAAUUUCUAUGUAGUAGAAGUAGUUGGACCACCGAUGGUCCAAAUCCUCACAACAUUGUUUUGGUGUUGCAAACCCAGAGUAUCCUAUUCCACCGUUACUCGGAAGUAUUACAACCAUAUAAAUACGCCGGUUAUCCGCAACUAAUCAAAACAAUUAGGAUGGAAACUGCCGAUGAACAAUUAUUUUCAAAAAGCGCUCCAUUACUUGCAGCCGCAAGUGAGUUGGCAUAUCAUACCGUGCACUGUUCAGCUCUAAACGCCGAAGAACUUCGAAGAGAAAACGGUUUAGAAGUGCUGCUGGAAGCCUACACCAGAUGUGUAAAUGUUCUAAGCAAAUCUUCGAAACCAACCGACACGGCUGUUUUGGUUUGUACUCAUAUAACCAAAUGCUUUAGUGUUGCUGCUCAAUUCCAAGGUUGCCGGGAACGAAUGAUUGACUUGAAGCAACUUGUAAAAGAUCUGUGCCGAAUCCUAUACUUCAAACAUCUUACCAAACUUUGUUCUGUGGCUACAGAAUGCGUCAGCGCUUUAUCAAUCGAUUCUAUACUUCAGUUGGAAUUAAUCAAGUCGGGUGCAUUGUGGCAUCUUUUGCUCUUUAUGUUCAAUUAUGAUUUCACACUCGAUGAAGGCGGUGUCGAACGUAGCGAAGACGCUAAUCAACAAGAAGUUAGUAACCGAUUAGCUAAAGAAGCUGUAAAGGCUUGUGGGGCACUUGGUGGUUAUUUUGUAGCAGAGGACGCUCCUCCCCCUAAUAAUUUGACGAGAAACAUACUGGAAUCACUUCUUACCAAUUUCUUAGCCAAUCAACUAGGAGGAGAGAAUCCCGAAGAGAUUUUGAAAACCCUAAACAGCAAUAGCGAAACACCAUACUUGGUUUGGGACAACGGUACAAGAGCAGAACUUACAGAUUUUCUAGAGACUCAACGCAGUGGUAGAGAAGAUUUAGAUUUUGGUGCUUUGCCAGAAUUCACGUAUUCUGCACAUACUGGUGAACUACGAAUAGGUGGAAUUUUCGUUAGAAUAUACAAUCAACAACCAACGUAUCCAAUUCAGAAUCCUAAAAUGUUUGCCACAGAACUUCUAACUUUCCUAUCGGAACAAUCAGAGCAUCUUUUCAAUUUGGUAAAUAUAGCAUAUUCAGUCACCAUAGAAGAUAGGCUGAAACACUCUGUGAUGGCUCUGGAAGCUUUAACAAAUGUGAUAAGAAACAAUACGUCUGUCGAAAUGCAGAGUAUAGGACACUUCCGUUUAUUAUUUAGUUUACUUAACGUAACUCACAGUCCAAUACAAAAAGGUGCACUGAACGUAAUAUCAGUAGUGACCAGAAAUAACGAGUGCAUCAAUGACAUCGCCGCCACUGAAGUUCUCGGCUCUUUGUUAUUGGUGUUGUAUACUAUACAAGACUCACAACCUCAGAUAUUGGACACACUUUACGCUUUAAUGUCAACAACAAAAAUUGUUAAAGAGGCCCUGAGCAAAGGUGCUGUUAUCUACCUUCUGGAUCUUUUCUGCAAUUCUACCAAUUCGCAAGUACGGCUAACGUGCGCAGAAUUAUUAGCGCGAAUGAGCUCUGAUAAACUAGUGGGGCCUAAAGUGAGACUAUGCUUGGGAACUUUUUUGCCACCAAUUUUCGCAGACGCGAUGAGAGACAGUCCUGAAGCGUCUGUUAAUAUGUUCGAAUCGGCACAUGAACAUCCCGAAUUAAUAUGGGACCAAGAAGCGAAAGACCGGGUUUGUACGUCUGUCGCUCGCUUGAGAAGAGAACAUCAGACUGUCCAAAGCACUAAUCCUGCAGCGCUAUGGAAAAUACCGGAUGCCAAUGGUCUUACGAAUUUUGCAACGCCAAAUGAAUUUAUUGUGGGAGGGGUUUAUCUCCGUAUUUUUAUCGCCAAUCCUGCCUGGACUCUUAGAAAACCAAAAGAAUUUCUUUCAGAACUGUUGGAAACAUGUUUAACUCUUAUGACCAAAGAUAAACCCAAUACUGAACUUCUAGAAAUGGGAACCACCGCUCUCUGUUCUUUAUUACAAGCACAACCGGCUUUAUUAGACCUCAUUCCUUCUAUGGGCCAUAUUCCACGAUUGUGUAGACAGAUGGGUGCAAACAUCCGACAAACUAUUGUACCCAAGUCGGCGAUACUUAUUUUAAAUGCAUUAUCAAGUAGCAGUAUUUGUGUUGCGGCAAUAGCACAAACCGAAUGUAUGCAUCCGUUAAAGCAAGCGAUGCAAGUACGGAAAGACAUGGUCGCUGUUGCGUGUGAAGCUCUUCACCGUUUGUUUUCAAACAACCAAGAUCAAUUAGUCAAACAAGCUCUAGACGUGGAGUUUGUUCAGUUCCUUUUAACCUUGUUGGAAGGACGACUGGAUAUCAUUGACAACCCGGCUAUGACAAAAGCUCAAAUUGUGAAAGCGUUGAAAUCAAUGAGUCGUAGUUUGCUCUAUGGUGAACGGGUUGUCAGUAUAUUGGAAAAAAGUCCCAUUUGGGCCGAAUAUAAAGACCAAAAACACGAUUUGUUUAUUUCGAGUGCUCCAGUUGCUGGUUAUCUGACAGCAGGAACACCAACUGCAGCAGGUUAUUUAACGCAAGGUUCAAGUGCCAAAGUAGCAUUGCAGCCACCACCAGUUGAUAAAGAAGAUACCGCCUUAAAACCAGAUGGUCUCUAAUCUGUACACUGUUAAAAUACAGCGUGAUAUUUAUGACACUUGUGCUACAAGUGGAUUGAGUAUUGUGUAAAUACAUUCCUAAAUUUACAAGCAAUAGACUUAACAUUUGAUAAACUUAGUGUAAUUUUAUGUAAAAUUACAUUGUAAAAAUUGUAAAUGUUUAGGUAUAACGUUAAGUACUUUGUAUGCUUUAUUAAGGUUAUUAUUUAUGCUUAACAAAAAUAUAUAUUUUCUAUCAUAGAA